AUGUCCAUGUUUCGUUCUGCAGCAGAUAUUUCGUCCUCGGAUCCGGAGUCUAGUUCGGAAGAAAGUGACAAUGAAAGUCUGCCAGAGAUCCACGUCGAGGCCGAGCAAACAACGGAUGCAUCCGCCAAUUUAGAUGAAUUGCUUCUAGAUGAUUAUGACCUUCCUACACCAGGGCGUCUAGGACAGGACAACAUCCUGGGAGGUGCAUUGGAUCUCGACGCUGAUGGCCAUGCAUCCGUGAUGACGUCUGCGUUACUUGAAUUCUUCUGUCUUACUCGUGCUGCCGAAUUUCUCAAUUCACAGCCGGGAUCUUUUGGUCGGUUCACCCGGGAUUCUCCAGAGGUCAAGCAGUUAGCAAAGCAAAUGUUCCGUUAUAAGUCCCAGUUUCUGUCAUCCCAUGGAAUUGUAGCCGGUGGUAUUGAAGACGAUGAUUGGGAGAGGAUCCGUCAGUAUUAUCGAGACAACCUGGACAUGUUAGGCAACGCAGCCAUUGGAGAUGCGAAACUCGAUAAUUUAUCCGGGAGACCGACCUCUCGAGAAGGGAAACAUGAUAUUGUUCGGCCUCCAUUGACUAAAUCCCAGUCACUCAUCUCUACCACCAAGGUCUAUCAAGCCGCUAUUGAGCAGGAUCCUUCGAGUAACAGUCACUGGAACCUACAAAAACGCAGCCAAGGCCCUCCUAUCAAUCAAGGCCACUCUGAAAGUUUUCUACAUCUCAACAACCUCCUACGGGCUCCUCAUCUACCUGUAGGUGAGCCGGGGUCCAUGGCGCUGGUUAGCACUAAGUUCGAGCCGGCAAUCGACCAUACAUCCAGGUACGCUUCGGAGUUCUUAGAGAUCAAACUGCUAGGUCGAGGCUCGUUUGGUCAAGUUUUUGAAGCGCGACACCAUGUUGAUGGCCAGAGCUAUGCCGUGAAAAAGAUACCGCUAAGCAAGUGGCGAUUGGAAAUGCUGCAACAAGAAGGAGUUCAACAUUUGGAGCACAUAUUGAAAGAAAUUAGAACAUUGGCUCGUUUGGAACAUAAAAAUGUUGUUCGGUAUUUCGGCGCUUGGGUGGAAGAAAAACACGUAUACCCGGAAACUGCACCUUUAGAUCCAGCAGAAGACAUACACGUGGAGUUUGAACCACCCGAAGAAAAGUAUGAUCCUGUAGAAGAGGAUCAAAGUUUUGGAAUUGUAUUCGGUUUGUCUAGCAAUGACGGUGAAUACGACGAUGAUAACAAAUCCGAGUCUCGCAGCCACGGAACCAGUGCCUGGUCUAAUCCUCGCCCACGUCGGGAUAGUCGUUUCACCAAUACAUCAUCACUGUCGAAGAAGAGCACAAUCCCAAGCAGUGGAGACUAUGACGAUGAAGAUGUAGAAUCUAUCCAACGAAAUUUUAGUAUCCCAAAAGCAGGAGUGCUUUCAAACGACUAUACAUCAACAGGCGAUUUUACAGGCACAGAUCUCUUCACCAACGAUAUGAGUGAAGACCCAUCGAAAUUUCAACUUACACGCCGAGACAAAACAACACAAAACCAAACUGUCGUCCUUCAUAUCCAGAUGUCGUUGCAUCCUCUAACCCUAAGUACAUUCCUCAACCCUAAACAUCGUUCAACUUCAGCCUGUCAUUGCUUCCAUCUUCUCCCGUCUUUACGAAUACUACUUGGCAUAUUAUCAGGGGUAGAGUAUCUCCACUCCAAGGGAAUUGUCCAUCGUGAUUUGAAGCCAGCCAACAUAUUCCUCUCGGCUUGUGAAGAUGAUGAAGGUGGCUGUCACUCUUGUUGCGGAGCGAAUGACCAACCCAUCAGAAAUCAGUACCGUCCCCGUAUAGGAGAUUUUGGACUUGUGGCAGAUAUAUCUCAUUGCGCCGACACACCAGUUCCUAGCGGCGUAGUUGCUGUCCAGACUGGGCAAAGCCCGAGAAGACGACUUCGACACGUUGGCACGGAAUUCUACUGUCCACCAAAACCAGGCUCUAUUUCAGAUCUAGGCUCGAGCCAAUACGCAAUCAACGAGAAGCUAGACGUGUUUGCGCUAGGUGUUAUCUUGUUUGAGCUUCUUUACCGCCUGACUACCAAAAUGGAGCGACAGUUAGUGUUGUCUGAAUUGACUCGUCGCGGGUUACAGGAGGGCCUUGUCCGGGUCCCAGAAGAUUUUGAGGAUAAGAUUGAAUGCGGUCGGGUCAAACUUGCUAAUGGCAUUUCUGUUGCUGAGUCGCUGUCUAGUUGUAUUCAGGGCAUGCUGCAUCCUGACUCUAACAGACGGUGGAGUUGUAAGGAUGUCCGAAAGUCAUUGCAGGAGAUUGUUUGUAUGAUAGAGAAUGAGCCAUCGCUUCGAGAUUAG